ACUGAACCCAUCUCAUACACCAUUACCAUUCAAAGAAAUGGCCGGGAUGUCUGGUCCCAUCCGUUCAUCCACGCGGAGACCGUCACUGUUGUUCCUUUUCCAGACAGCGUGAAUGAUGCCUACAAACCUGCCCCCAACAGGUCCCUCCAGUAAUGAGCAAGAUGACCAGCCCCCCCAAAAGCAGAGGUGGCAAACCUGGCACGUUGGCCCAACCCAAGUUGAAGGCUGCAAGGAUAGUUGUGGCCUUUUACCGACAAAGUUCCACAAAGUUACCACAACCAGAUUAAUGGCCGAUGACGCAGAGUUUGCAAAUCGACAAGUGAUUUAAUGUCAGUGACUAAUAAUCUGUGGUUGCUGUUGUCGUGGUAGCAGCAGCCAUCUUGGCACUGGUGUGGUACCGUCGGCGAUCUCGCCGGUACAUGAAUCAUAGCCACCUGGUGGAGAAUUCGACUGCGGCUAAGUGCACGUAGUGCCCCGUCUCCCGUUGUAUCGGGGAUCCUUGGGCCAACUACUUCUGAAAAGUGUUGGAGCCAUCCCGAUAUGACUUAUUCGAUUCCGGGAGGUGUGUCACCCCGCCCACAAAAAGGCAUAUAGUCGUCAGUCCACCCACAGAUGACAGGUUAUUGGAAGCCGUAAUGACGUCAUCUAUUGAGCCACACACUUGCAGAGUGGAAUCUUGGCUCGCACCUUGCACUGCCAUUUAUAGAUUGACCUCAAUCGUGAGUCAUUUCCAGACGAUGGAAACCUACAGAUUACGUUUAUCGCUGCACCCACCGUCCUUGGAUCAACUCUGCAAACUGUUCCAUGCCUGGCUUAAACAUCAGUCAGUUCUUCGAACUCACAUCCGACGCUCAUCCCAGGACCCUUCUGGUGAAGCAUCGAAAUCGCCAAGCCUCUCUUGCAAAAUAUGUGAAUUGAGCGCAGGAUAUGGUCAGUAGACAGCCAACCACCACCACGAUGGCUUUACAGUGUGGAACGGGCGUGGGGAAGUCAUCCUGGACACUUUGUAUGAUAAUCUUGCUUGGAUUAUACUCUGGAUCGAGGCAGCACAUAGCAUAUGCACAGCAGGCUUUGGAGCCGCAGUGUUCGUCCCUGGAUGGUCUGAUCGAUCAUAUUGUUCAAAGCAUGAACUCCAUGCCAGGCACCGCCACAAUCUGUGCCAAGAUCCCUGGUUGUACCGGGAUCAGGUGCUCCCUCAACAUCUUGGGACAGAACAUCGGAAUUAGUUUGAGGAUGUAUCCCUGUGCCACGCCGGCACAGAUGAGACUGCGUAUCUUCAUCCCCUCCAGCGGAAUCAACUUCAGCCAAAUGAUCACCCACGGGACCACCAUCUCGCUUCCAGGUGUGUCUUUGAAUUCCACAGGUUUCCAGUACAGUCCCCUUCCAGGCAUCCGCAUCCAGGCUCAGAUUGCUGUCAACUUCAAGAAAGUUCCCGAGGGAUUGAAGCUUGGACUAUGGUUCCAGGCGCGGGGCUUUGGUACAGGAAUCAACUGGCCAAUAGUACCAGACUACAUCAUCAUGUUCCCUCCUUGCACUCCUGGAAUGCCAGGGACGCCGCCCCCUCCCCAAAGUCAGUGUGGCAGGAUGGAAGCAUUGAUAGCUAGAGUACCGCCCCCUCCUGGCUUCACCUGUGCCGUCUUCCCCGACUGCCUGGGUUUCCAUUGCUUUGGAUCUAUCAACGCCGUCAUACUGACUUAUGCCGUCAAUGUGUCCCUUACCAUCAACCACUGUGAUGUACCUGUGUCAUACACAGUGGCUGUGACCAAUCCGGGAUCCCCGUUGCUAUGGCAACACAGAUUCUAUCACAAUGCCACAGUCCCAGUUGUAGCUAAUUUUCCAGGGCGCACAAACGUCAAAUUACAAGUCCUUAUGCAGCACAGUAAAGCCUACAUUGAAACCUCGAUCAAAGUCAUCGUGUGUCUAGAUGUGAUUGGUUGUUUUGACAUAUCCUUUAUGAGCAACGAGCAAGUUCCAGUGCCCCCCUGUACAACGAAUGCACCGGUACCCAUCAUGGAGUACUUGAACCCCGACCCGGUGUUGGAGUACACAACCCCAGAGUGCCUUGCCUGGCAGCGGGUGGAGAACAGCCUGAAGGCCAUGAACGUGCCCGGUCUGCGGGUGUCGUAUUGUUACAUCGAGGCCCCAAUGUGCAAUCACAUCAUGUGCACCGCUGAUUAUAAUGGCCAGAGGCCACCAGCCACCAGCACAAGUUACUCCAUAUACGCUGAAGUCAAGCACUGCACCCAGCCCAUGAUGUUGCUAGUGAGCGUCAGGGGUCUCAACAAUGACUUUGUGAUGGAGCAGAGAAUCAGUGCUGAUACUAACGUCAGCCUGAACAAGAAUGGGGUCUUACUCAACAUUCAUUUCCGGGAGUUAAAUGGUGCCAUCCAGCUGAGCGCCGCAGUCCUGAUACCAUUGCCUGGUACCGCCCCACCGGUCAACCUGCCGCUCAUUAAGGACCAACUCAUUCCACUCCCAAACUGUGCAGGCGGUGGCAUUGGUGGUAAUGAACCCAACAUGCCCAACCAGCCAGUCUACCCAACUAACGAUGUACCCUUCAUGCCAAACCAGCCUGGAAAUCGUGUACAGCCAGGUGCCAAACCUGCCUCAACCGAAGCACCGACUUUAACCAAGCCAAACAACAACAGAGUUCCUAAGGGCAAUGCUCAGUCCAAAAACAGUGCAGUUCCUUUGGCCAUUGGCCUGCUCUUCACCAGUUUUGUCAUUAUCGGUGCUGCCUUUGGGGCCUUCUACUGGUAUCGGCGACCGAGAUCCCCACCCACCGAACAGACUGUCUUGGUGGAGGAACCUGAGCACGAUAUGGUGCGCUUCAGCAUUGGAGCGAGAUAACCAAUCAGGACGUGCGGAUUGGCACAGGAGCCUCAGCAGCACACUGCGAUUGGACGAGAGUGUCAAGUCAGGAACAUGAUCGAAGAGAUGCAUUAAGAAGCAGCAAGGCGCAGUUUGUAACUUUUCCAGAUUGAAGUCCGUCAGUUUCUCUCACCGGUGACAGAAACAAUCAGAAAGAGCCAGCUUGGGGAUGACCUUUUCUAUUUGAAAGAGUCAUACAGGUUCUUCUGCUUGUUGGUGAAGAACAGAAAUACAAUUCCAUCUAUAUUUCCCCAUAUUUUGUCCUUGUCACUCCCUUUUCAAGCCAUUUAGGCUCCACCCCCCCUAAUUAUGUAAAUAAGAGUAUCCAGUGGUAUAAAAGCUAAGCCUAGAGACUGCAAUAAAAUGAACUUUUGGAUUUUUGUAAAUAAUCAGGGAAAAAGAAUAUUUGGAUGUAAAUUUGAAAAAAAGGGACGGCACGAAUUGCUUGACGAAACAUUUUUUUGCAAAGACAGGUUGUGUAUUUUUUUUCAUUUUUUAUAAAGGAUGCUGAAGACAUAAACUUUAAUAAAGCUAUUAAAAAAAGGAAAAUAACAGAAUUUGAAAUUUACUAAUUUUAAUUUCAAAUGUGUUAUUUUUCACAGUCACUGAUACAUUUUGUUCCAUUUUAUAAAUUUUACUCGUACGGAAUUUCAGUGUAAUAUUUAAAUAUAAAUUACCUUACAGCUAUGUUUCAUUUCUGCUAAAAAUUGGCCUUAAGCAAGAACUCAAUAAAUGAAUAAAUCACUUGAGUUGUGGUGCAUGAUAAACAAGUUUUACUGUAAGUUAUCUUAAAUUCCUAUUGUGAGGAUCUGAACUAGUUUAUCCCUAUAAAUAUGUUUCAAUUGCAAAAGACAGUAUUUAAUUUCAUUGAAUGAAUAAAUUUGCAUCACUUCACAUCGCUAAAAUAUUUUGUUUUCCCAUCAAAAAAUCAUGCAGCUGUUGAUUUCAAAGAAGUGUUAAACCUAACAGAUCUUCAAGUAUAUUUGAGAGUAAUGAUGUAGUGAAAAUGGCAGAAACAAAAUUAACCAAACUAUGGUGGAAAUCGCCCAAUCUAGUUCUUCUUAUUCUUUCCAUUUUUUAAUUGUUAAAGAAGAGUUGUUUAAUUUUGUGGACUUUACCUGUCAUCUCCCUAUGGAGCUCAAAACUAAAAUUACCAGCGCAUCAAAAAGGCCUGAACGACUAUAGAAAUGGUAAUAAGAGUAAAAGCACAGUUCCUA